UUGACCUGGGCUUUUAUGCCAUGCCAUUCCCAUACUAACAAUUCCUACCUCGGUAAAAGAUAUUGUAGCUGUGAGGAUUUCUUGCUGCUGCUGAAGAUGCCGUCCAGAACAAAUUUGUCCGCUUCGAUCCCAAGCAGCAAAGUCAAGUAUUCUAAGCUCGCUUGCACGGAUGAAGGGUACAUUGAUCUGCAGUUCAAGAAGAGCCCCCCAAAGGUUCCCUACAAGGCGAUCGCCCUGGCCACAGUGCUGUUCCUGAUCGGGACCCUUCUCAUCGUGAUUGGAGCGCUCCUCCUCGCUGGAUACAUCAGCCAAGGGGGAGCCGAUCGUGCCGUCCCCGUCUUGAUCAUCGGAAUUCUGGUUUUCCUCCCAGGCUUCUAUCACUUGCGCAUCGCGUACUUUGCUUCCAAAGGCUACCGGGGCUACUCCUACGAUGACAUCCCUGAUUUUGAUGAUUAGAAGACUAAAGGACCCGGAAGUUUGGGCCAGUGGGAUCCCAGCCUGGGCCCCAGGAGGAGGAUGCGAGAAUAAACUGAACUAGUUGAGCACCGCUGUCUUUGGACAACGCCAUGCAGCAGCUGUUGUACCCAUUAAGGAUUCCUUUUGUAGGAAUUAGCCCCAUCAUGUGCAAGAGGUCAUGUGAGACCAGCUUACCUUUGAGAAGGGAAGUUCUCGACAGCUGUGUUCCCGCGAAGCAGAACGUCUCUGCCGGUUUGAGUGAGAAAGGGAAACUCAGUUUUUUAAUAGCCGUUUCUGCUUCAUUUCACUUCUUUCCCUAGAGCAGAACCUUUGCAAAGCUGACAUCUGGAUCGAGGGACAGAAGGUUGCGUGCUAAUGAAAUGUGUUGAGGCCAGUGGCCAUGCAACAAGAACGUUGACCGCUCUUCUUGGUCCAGGUGUUGGGUUGCCACAUCCAGCAUAAGCAUGCUGGCCUGCCUGCGGCUCUUGGGGGGGACCUUGAAAGCUUCGCUGAGCUCCAUUCAGGUGAAACAUGGGGGGUUAAACAUGUGGCCAGCCUAGAGACGAGGCAGAAUAAUUCUGAAGUUAAAUCAGAGUGCUCCAAAUGUGGUGCCACAAAAAUCCUACUACCCUGCGGGCUGCAGUCAACAAACGAGAGCCAGGAGAGACUUUGUUCUUGGGGGGGGUGCAUUCCUUCCCUCCCAAGCUGACCUAAAUUUUUGCUGUGUCAGGAAGUGUGCCCAGCUUGUCCUCUUGAAGCAAGUGAUGAAGAUCAGCUUGAUCUCUUCGAGGUCUUGCUGAAGAAGUGGUAGGGAGGAGAUUUCAUGGUCUGAUUCUGUUUGCUCCCCUCCAAGAUUUUCAGCCUCCUUCUCUCACUUUGGAUCAGGGAUCCAGUCCUAGGAUCCCCAGAUCCUAUUCCAGGGCUGAUAGGAUUACAUCCUUGGCGAAUAAGCCAAAAGGAGAGUGGGAAGGUGAGGCAGAAUUGGGCUGUGACCCACCACUCAGUGCCUGAUGAGGACCUGUCAGAAAAUAAUGCAAUUUAUUCUCUCCUGGAGCACAUUCCAGAGACGUCAACAUGAAAUGACACCUAAACAUAGAUCAAAUGCAGAGGUAGAAAAUUAAGUGCUGGGUUAAAAAGCACCCCUUCCUCUACAAACACACAUUCUGUUCCAUGCCUUUUGAAACAGCCACUUUUUAGUGAGACCAGAAGCCUGUACAAAGGGAUGAAGACACUACUUCCCAUGAGACCUGGCUGUGCGUCCCUGUGAAAAGACAGAUUGGAAAAUGAAAAAAUCAUGCAUGUGCGUACAGACACAGGCACACCUGAGCAUGCAACUUGGAGCCGUCGGGGGGGGGGGGUAACAAAAGCUGUUUGAAGUCAGCAUGGCUGUCUGGGUCAGCCGCUCCAAAGCGAGGCUGCGCUAGUUUUUGCAUUUGUUGAUGUUGGGGUAACAAAGAUUUCUUGAACUGUUGUCUAGAUAAAUUGCCUCGCACUAUGCAGAAUUCCUGGACUUAUACAGCUUCCUUUUUGCCAGUGAGUUAUUGGCAUUUCUUUUUCUCUCUGGACUUUGGACAAGUGUGCAGCCUGUGGAAUGCGAAAGAAGGCUUAAAUAUGCGUUGGAAAGCUUAAUCUGCAGGUGCCAGUUGCCUACUUAUUACGAAUAAAGAACUUGUGAUAUUCA